CAUUGAGAUGAAUUGUUUAGUUCUAUAUUGACUCUAGUCGCAUUCACAUUCAGUUGAACUUUCUCGGAUACAGAGAACAUUCCAUAAACAAGCGAAUUGAAUCAAAUUCCAAAACAUUUCUCCGGUUUAAAAAAAAACGCAAUGAAACGUCAUCGUUUGAACAUCAAGAAUAUUUCAGUGGCCGUUGUAAUACUUCUGGCCAUAUAUUUGGUAUUUUCAAGUGGUUAUCACGACUACAAAUCGGAUGGCAUUAUCAAAAAUACCAGACCGGAAGAUGUUUGGAAUUAUGUGGCCGAUUUCAGUAAAAUGAGACUUUUGAAUCCAUCCAUUUUGAAUUUCAAAAUAUUAUCGGAUGGCGGCAAUACACAUGAUUUUCGUUAUACCGUUGAGUACACUGAACGUCUGAACCACUGGCCAUAUUGGCUGAAUACUGCAAGAGCCAAUUUCAAAGUUGUGAAAUCGAUGCCGAAUAUUGAACCACAAAUUUAUUCGAUUGAAUCUCAACACGAGACGUGUUUUUUCAAAGGCCUUUAUUGCCUUCAUGCGGAUAGUGAAGCCAGUUUCGUGGCACGUGAUAACGAUACUUACUGCACGGAAAAAAUACGUUACGAAUGUCCGCCUUUCUUAGGAGCAGCCUGCAAACGAGAACUGGAAUUUCAACGGAAGGCAGUUAUUCAUAAUUUGACAGUUAUAUUCAACCGAAAACAUUAAAGUCGCUUGGUAUUUUUUUUUUUUUUUUGAUAUUUUUAUAGAUUUAUUUAAAUUCAACCAAAUAGUAACUCUAAAACAUUCUAAAAACUAGGUUUGUUGUAUUAAUUUCAAAAGUGAACGAACUUAAUAGUUAGAUAUGUAUUAGAAUAGAAUUAUAUACUACAAUAUAGUAUUAAAAGAAAGAAAAAAAGAAUAAAAACAGCGACAUAUAUAACAACAUUUUGCUUUUGGAAAUGUAGUCACAUUGUGUUUGUUUAAAUUAUAUACUUAAUAUGUAAUAAUAAAAUUUGUAUAUGUUUUGUUAAUAAA